CAGAAAGAGGAAGUCGAUAGGCUCCGCUAGUGCACGACCAGCAACCAGCUCAGGCUGCUUCCAUUUGGGCUCCCACAAUGGCCGCAUGACAACACCCUCGCAACAUUCAUUUGACGCUCCAUAUCAGUGGUGGUUUAGAAGUCUUGCAGAAGAACAACACAUAGCCCUCGAUCCACCUCGAUCUCGGGGCUGGACCAAUGCGGGGCUCUUAAGCGACAUAUUUGAGGUUUUCAGAGAGUGUCCGCUUUUCUUACAAUGGACCUACGCGCAGCACUCUUUCUGCUGGCAGUGAUCCCCAUUUUGACGGUGAAGGCUUAUAGUGGUAAUGGUACCAACUUCUGCAAGGCAGCGGGGUUCGCUGAGGCGGACUGCAUUGCUGACCUGGAGAGUUACGCCACACAGGCGUCGUCUAAGCACCAGCCGUACUACCACAAGUCGAUGCUGCCCUAUCACGCUUGGAAUCACGCCUUCCAGUAUGGCCACAGUGCCCGGAUGUUCCUGAAGAAGUACGGGGGCGUAGAUCUGAACGCGUCCCUGUUUGAUGAGGCCAUUGCGCUGGCGGGCUUCUUCCACGACAUUGGGUAUCCCAUGGUCAUGGGCUUCAAUGGCUACAGCAUGAAGCAGGUGUGGGCCCCUUGUAAGACCCCCCACCCGAUCCCCCGCGCCGGCCCUGGCGCCCUUGGCCGUUACGACAUCUAUGGGACCCACUGCAUUGGGAACACCUUUGGACGCAUCCCCUUAUACCGAGAAGGGCACGAGUCGUACUCGCUCAAGCUGUACCUCGAGACCUUUGCGACCAACGAACCAGAACUGCCCCCCCAGUUUCUGGAACUCCGGGAACCCCGCUACAUGAUCCUCACUGCGCUAAACAUCGCUUGCUCAAAGUGGAACGCGACGGAAGGGACGGGGGCUGAGGAGGCGCUCCUCGAGCUGAGUGCGGGGUACCCUUUGGCGGCCGAUUUGGAGAUCAAUGUUGAGACGUGUGAGACCAGCCCGCUGAGACCAGACAUGGCGCUCGGCCAGGUGAACGACAAGUGGCGGCAAAUCCUGAACUGCGUGAGGGACAAUCUGGAGCAGAUUAAUGGUUUCUCCCGAACCAGCCUGGCAUGUAGUGCGGCGCGAUACGCCGACUUUGCGAACGUGUUUCAGGAGGGGUUCAUCUGUUACACGACAAACCUGUGGGCUGAGUAUGCCACGUAUGGGGGGGCAAGAGCCAACUCGGAGCAUACUGCUCCAGACCCGAGCAAGGACGGGGUUCUAGGACAGGAGCAGUACUUCUUCUGGAACAACGAGGUGCGCUUCAUCAAGGAGAUCACAGAGGAGUACGUUGUGGGCCCCGACUUCCAGCCGCUCAACGGGCGCUACACCCCGGAUGACGUUGCGAGCAUCAAGAAGGCGCUCGCAGACACGGUGGUCAUUCGCGACCGCGUAAACCAACUGUACGCGUCUGCGCCCAACGGCUCGUCCGUCUACCUGAGCGACAUCCAUGCGCUAGAGGCCAUCCCGCUCUUUGAGACUAGCUGCAACUUCGUGGAUUAUGCAUACCGGACACGGCAACUAAUGGGUCUCGCCGCGUACCUCCCGAUGUGGGCGGCAGCCGCGCACCUGCAGGCGCAGGACGCUCUCCAGACGAGCCCCGUGAUCUGGACCCUCGUCGCGUUUGCGGUCACGAUCACCGCGGGCCUGCUGAUUCUGGUCGUGUAUCGCUUCGCGACGACCAAGAAGGGCAAGGCGCAGGGGUUGCGAGACAAGCUGCAGGAGAUGGAGAUGCUCGUCAAAAAGCCGGCGCGGGAAGCCUCGCACUCGGUCUAGAAGCGGUGUCUGGUGUUGGUAAGAGUAUUGUUGUGACAGCUCGCGGGUUGGAGAACGAGUCUCCCAUGAGCCAGGGGGACUUGAACGAAGCCGUUGUCCAGAUGUCAGACUAAGACCGUCCAUUCGCUUAUUUAUAACCGGUUAUCAAAUGCAGGACGUAUUGUGUAUCAUAUUUACAGAAGGCAGGGGCCGCCUUCUAAUUGAGUUAGGAAACGUAUCAGUGUUGAAGCCAGUGCUUUGAAGAGUUUGUUUCCGUAAGCAGACAGUUCAGUGACACUCCUUGAUGACAAAGCUGGCCACCCUGCGGUCUGGCCUGGGCUUAUCGUCCUGAAAAUCUACAGUCUGAAAGCUUCGGCACUCGUGCUCGGUAUACUUCUUGCAGUACCCAUUCAUAAACUUUUCGUCGUCCGGC